CAUCACGUAUUUUAUUAAAAAUUUGUAGAAAUUAUCCAGUUCUUAAGUAAGUUGAUUGAUUUUCGAACUUGGCGCGCGCGUUUAUUCGCUAUAAUACGAAUUGGCAAAUAAUCGCCGCCAUGAAAACAGCCCCGCAUAUAGGCUCCAUAUAUGAUGUAUAUCUAUAUAGCAAGGUGUCGUCGUAGCUCGCGUUGCUCGACUUGCUGGCUGCUCUUUUGCGGCCGAGCCCUCUCCUUUUGGUUUCCGGCGUGCGUAGCGUUUGAGGUUAUUUUUUUACACAAACGCAUGCCAAAGCUGUAAAAAUGUAUUCCGACGACUACGGUGAUACGGACUAUGUAUACGACGACUAUGGUCAGCCAGAGGAGCAUCUCGAGGGGUAUGGCAGGUACUCGUCCCGUCAGAUGCCUGAAGUGGUCAAAAAGUUCCUGGUACUAUUGAGAAAGUACAUUAAGGAAGGCAUGAUUUUUGAGAUCCAAAACUUGUAUGAAAACACGUUUCCUAAGCUUUCGGAUCAGUACUUUGAAAAAAUACCCUGGCCUUCAGAUCAGCAAAUAAAUCAUAUUGUUGAUGGUGAUCAUGUCUUUCUUACGCUGUACAUGGAACUGUACUACAGGCAUAUCUAUGCUUGCAUGACGCCUACUUUGGAGCAGCGCAUCCAGUCUUUCUACAAUUACUGCGAACUUUUUAACUAUAUCUUGGAUGAGAAUGAGCCUGUAUCUCUGGAGUUGCCUGACCAGUGGUUGUGGGAGCUCAUCGAUGAGUUUGUUUACCAGUUCCAGAGCUUUACUCAAUACAAAGCUAGUGUAUCGCAGAAAACCGAGGAGGAGCUUGAAACCUUGUCUAACUGCAGCAAAGUCUGGGAUGUUCUAUGUGUACUCAAUGUUUUGCAUUACUUGAUUGACAAGUCAAAAAUUAAGAGUCAGUUGGAAGUGUUUGCUAGUGGUGGAGAUCCAGAUUCGGUUGCUGGACAGUUUGGAAGGCGUUCUUUGUAUAAAAUGAUGGGAUAUUUUUCACUUGUUGGUUUACUUCGUGUCCACUCUCUUCUUGGUGAUUAUUAUCAAGCAAUUAAGGUCCUGGAGAAUGUUGAGCUUUACAAGAAGAGUGCAUACUCGCAUGUGCCAGGAUGUCAGAUUUCUACUGCAUACUACGUUGGAUUUGCUUACAUGAUGAUGAGGAGAUACACAGAUGCUAUCAGGACAUUCUCUGGUAUUUUACUGUAUGUACAGCGCACAAAGCAGCUUUUUACCUCAAGAAGUUAUCAAAAUGAUCAAAUCAACAAACAAACGGAUCAGAUGUAUCACUUGUUGGCAAUAUGCUUAGUAUUACAUCCCCAGUGCAUUGAUGAAGGUUUGCAGCAAGCUCUCAAAGAGAAAAAAUAUUACGAAAAGAUGUACAUUAUGCAGUGUGGUGGUUUAGAUGAAUUCAAAGCUUGCUUCCUGUACGCAUGUCCCAAGUUCUUGUGUUUGCAUCCACCCAAUCCAAAUGCUAUUAAGGAGGAUUAUGUUAGAGAUGCCAUUGAACACCAAGCUUCGGUUUUCAUGAAAGAAGUUGUACAGCAAAAGAUGUUGCCAACUAUUCGUUCGUACCUUAAGCUCUACACAACUUUACCCUUAAGCAAGUUAGCAACAUUUAUGAUCAGCAAUCCACAACAAACUGAAGAAGAAUUGGAGAUAGAUUUGAAGGCAGAGAUUGCCAAGCUGACAAUUUACCUUCUUUGCUUUAAGCACAAGAUGAAGAACAUCGUUUGGACUAAAGGUGCUUCUGGAUUAGAUGGAAAGUUCCAGUCUGGAUCUGAGCUCGAUUUUUAUAUUGAUCACGACAUGAUUCACAUAGCAGAUACAAAAGUUGCUCAUCGGUAUGGAAACUUUUUCAUUCGGAAGAUUUUGAAAUUUGAAGAUUUGAACAGAAAACUGCAUCAUAUUAAGAUCUAAGUUCGUAAGGCUCGUAAGUUUCUAAUAUAAGAUCAUAAAUGAAUUUAAUGACCUUACAGAUGUCAAAAGAGAAUGACAAAAUAAAAAAAUUUCUACUCAAA